AUGCCGCAGAAGGAGCAGGAGGACGAUGACGAGGAUGACGAAGGAGGUGUUGAUCAUGCAUCUACAUCGGCUUUGAUCUCCUCAGCCGCGGAGUACAUGCAUAGGGCGGACUAUGCAUCUGCCCUGCAGAUCUACAGCUAUGCCAGGAAGACCUGCAAGAUUUGGGAAACUCCGAUGCUUGAGCUCAAGGUUCUAAGCAACAGCUCCUUGUGUUUGCAACGACUACGUGGUCGGUUGCCAGAGCUCGUGCAGGCCUGCAAUGACACUCUGCGUCGUAUCAGAGAGAUUCGAGCUGAUGGUUGCGAGGAGGAGCUCCUUUUGUUGCGAAUGGAGGCUGCCAGCCUCUCUCGGCGUGGUAGUGCAUAUGCACAGCAGCGAAAGACGGAGGAAAGCGCCGAGGAUGCUGCGCGUGUGAAAGAGCUCCUGGCUGAGAUAGCUGAGCUGGAAGCCAAGGUGGAAGCCAAGGUGGAAGCCCAAGCCUUGAGGGUGCGACUGGCUGCAGCAGAGGCGCGCUUGGCGGCUACGCAGCAUCAAGAGCAGCUCCGAGAGAUGGCGCCGUCCGAGGAGCGAGAGGCCCAGGAGACGGUGAACAUGUCGCCCCGGGCAACAGUGGAGGCACCAAUGACUCCCAGGGUGAGGGAGCAGGAGCGAACCUCACCGCACUCACCGGUUCGGAACUUCUCGCUCUCCGCAGAACUCUGGCGGUUGCGUGAAGCCUUGGCGAAAGCGAACGGCUCGAAGGACAAAGUUUCAGAUCUCGAGGUGCAGCGUUUGAGGCAAGCCUUGGCGUCGUCACAUGCGAAGCUUCAGAGCUAUGAAGAGUCCAAAGAGGUGGAGCCCGAUACUGCAAGGACCAUUGUCGCGCGAGGUGAUGAAGAGAUAAGGCCCAUCAAGCCGGAACAUCUUCCAGGUAGUGUUGUGAAGGUGGUGCCGCGGUCGCCGGUGAGCUUCGUUAGCCGUGUGUCCCCCUCGCCCAUCCGACCCAUUGUCUCGCCAAAGAGAACCUCCAGGAAGACGAUCGAGAUCGCAAUGUCUCCACCAGCACGACCGGUGCAGCUGUCGCCACAUCCCUGGAGGGGCCGCAUGACGGAGUCUGCUCCUCACAUCAACCGCGAGGCUCCGUCCUCCACCCCUUCAGCGCCGCAAGCACCGGCACAGUCGCCUCCGAGGCCACCGGCUUUGCAGCCCAACCAGGUGAUGAAAAGCACCGUGGUGCCGGUCUCUGGGCGAUCGCCUGGGACACCAGUGCCGAGCAAAAAGUUGGCAAGCUGGACUACCCCAAGGGCUGGAACUCCAGCCGUCGUGAGGGUAGCUCCGCCCGCAUUGAGUACAACUCGAAGCACUGUGCAAGUGUCUCCUGCGAAGGCGACCCGUGCUGGUUCCCUUUCUGCCCCGCCUGUGCUGCUACUUCCGGAGGUUUUGUCACCUCAACAUCCACGCCUCUCUGCCCCUUCCUUAGUGGAAAUCCGGACGCAGGUCAUGCCUCUUUGUGCGAAGGACCUCCGUUCACAUGUGGUGACAGAUAGGUCGACGCCCUCUGCACAUGUGAAGCCAUGCCAUGCAGGCUUCGGAGUUUGA